GUGCUUGGCGCUCAGUGCUCGGACCCAGCCAUGAACAUCAUCGGGGCUGAGGACGAGGACUUUGAGAAUGAUUUGAACGAUGUGGUGGAUGAGAGGUGCUUGUUCAGCAGCAUCGAAAUGCUGAAGGAGCGGCCAACACACCUGCUGGUCUUCAUGCAACAUGUCAUCCUCCAGUUUGAUCCUGCACCACUGCUUUGUUACCUUCACGGUGACCUCUUAAAGAACCUCAAUGCCAAAGAAACCAAGAAGCAGUUUGUGGAGUUCUACAACACUUUUUUGGACAAGGGCGCAAUCCUCAGAGUCUCAGUACCUGCUGUCAUAGCCACCGAACUGGACCGAACACGCCCGGACAUGCUGUCAGAGGACGUUCAAAGACGCUUCGCCUACGAGGUCCAGCUCGAGCAGGCCGCCGAGGUGGCCAAGCAGCUGGAGGACUUCAGGAUAAAGAGGAGGAUGGGGAUGACGCCAAACGAGGCGGAGUUGAUCGACGUGGAGAGUCACUACCCAACCGACCGCAUCCCGCUGGAGAUGAAGGAGAAGUCCGUCGCGGAAAACCUGCUGGACAAGAUGUCUGAGACGCAACCCACCAUAGUCUCAGAUGAGGAGAAAUGCCAGUCCAUCUUUUCAGCGGUGGCGUACUACAUGAAGCAUCUCGGUGUGAAGACCAGGGCGGUAGACAGCAAGAAGUCCCGAGGGGGCUUCUUCCGUAGCAAGUUAGUUAAGAACAAGAAGGAUGAGUCCACAAAGACCAAACCCAGGGGGGGCUUCCCUGGAAUCCCUAGCUGGAUUGCUGGCCCUGAGGUCAAAGCUAAAAUGGAAACCGAAGCGGACAAAGAGAAAGGGAGUCAGGAACGGAAGGGUCCAACGCCCAUCCGGGGCUCCUUCAUCGACCCGGCAGCGCCCACCCUCUCAGGCAGGAAGUCGGGGUCCAGCUCUGGAGGAGGCGGCUCCACCCCCUUGCCUUUAGUGGAGAUCACAGACGGCUCGGGCAACAACGUUAGCAUGAGCAACAGCCCUGAGGCUCUGCACUCUGACGGACUCUCCGGCAAUCGUACGGAGCAACUCGUUCUAUCAGAAUGGUCAGACGUGUCCCCUAUUAGCCCGGGGGGCCCGAUGGGUGCCGGGGAGCCCUUCUUGAUCAGUGACACCCCCACAGAGGAGAACUUGGAGAAAGACAGACGCAAGACAAGUAAGAAGGUCACGCGUAGCGAGAGUGCUCGCGUGGACCGCCACCAUUCGCGGCGACGCAGCUCUUCCCGGGCCAAACAGUUUCGCUCUCGUAGCGACGUGGACCUGCAGCCCCCUUCCAAUGUGACGACGCUCAGCCCCCAUUUCAACGAAGGAGGCGUACCGGUUUCCGAGGGCUCCGGCUCGUCGCCUGCCAGCCCCGCCCCUCCUGAGGAGAUGGAGCCCCGUCUACUGGAGUUUGAGCAAGACCCACCCAACUGGAGGGAACUGGCGUCCCCGGAGCUUCUGUCCAGCCUCUCCAAGAAGGAGACCAAGAGACAGGAGGUCAUCAACGAGUUGUAUGCCACAGAGCAUGCCCACGUGCGCAUGCUGAGCGUCCUUCAGAUGGUCUUCUCCAAGCCCCUUGAACGAGAGGAGCUCCUCACCGCCACAGAGUUGGCCACGAUCUUCCCGAACCUAGACGAUAUCCUCGAAAUGCACUAUAACUUGUACGAAAACCUGAAGAAACUUCGUCUGGAGGACAACUAUAUUGUCAAAUCCAUCAGCACCACCGUCCUCAACAGAUUUGAGGGCCCGGAAGGGGAAUGGUUCCAGAAGCUGACAGCCCGCUUCUGCAGUCACCAGUCAUGGGCCCUGGACCAAAUCAAGAGCAGGCAAAAAAAGGAGCCUCGUUUCAACUCUUUCAUCCUAGAGGCGGAGAGCAAGCCACAGUGUCGGAGGCUGCAGCUGAAGGACAUCAUUCCCAUUGAGAUGCAGAGACUCACCAAGUAUCCGCUGCUGCUUGAAAAUAUCGCCAAGAACACAGAGAAUCCCACAGAGAAAGAACGCGUUCAUCAGAGUGCAGAGUGCUGCAGAAAGAUCCUCAAUCACGUCAAUGAGGAGGUCAAAGUGAUGGAGAACUUUCUGACGCUCAAGGACUACCAACGUCGACUGGACACGUCAGGACUCAAGCCCAGUAAUGAGCUUUAUACAGAAUAUAAGAACAUCGAUCUGACCCAGAAAAAGAUGCUUUAUGAAGGUCCUCUCACUUGGAAGGUCACCAAGGAGAAGGCUGUCGAGGUCCAAUGUGUACUGCUAGGUGACCUGCUGGUGCUCCUGCAGAGGCAGGACGACAAGAUGGUGCUCAAGUGUCAGAGUAAAAGCAUCAUCGCCGUGCAGGAAGGCAAGCAGAUGCUUAGUCCCAUCAUCAAGUUGGACUCUGUGUUCCUGCGUGAAGUGGCGACUGAUUUAAAGGCCUUCUAUGUGAUUUUCACCUGGGACAGUGGCGCUCAGAUCUACGAGCUGGUGGCUCAGUCUGUGGGCGAAAGGAAACUGUGGACUAAUGUAAUCAAGUCAGCAGUGGACGAUCUGAAGAAGAGCGGCGCACCCAUGAGGAUCACACUCCCACCUGGAAGUGGAGCAGGACUUAGUCCUUCUGGACUGAGCGCCCCUCAAAGCCCCACCGAGAACGGCAGCUUGAAAAGCAGCAAUGAUCGCGAUAAGGACAGCUUGACGGACGACAAGUCGUCCGAUCCUCGGCACAAUCUGAUCGACUUUCUGUCCGACAAAGGGUUCGACCUUAUCGGACACUCUAACAGCGAUCAAGAAAAGACUGCCGCCAACGCUCUGCAAGAAGUCAUGUUGCUGAAGAGGCUGCUGGUUGGGAGCAUCAGGCUGUCAGAGGACGGACAAAACGGAGAUGACCACAAUCCAGAAAUUGACACCUUUCAAUCAACAGACGAAAGCCAAGCAGCAGAGGACGAGAAGGAACAAGUCGGCGCCAAAGGGGAUGAGGAGAGCCUCCCUUCAGACUCGGCCAGGCUAGUGUUGUCCCCGGAGAGGAUGGCGCAAGUGUGUCGGAGGCUCGUCAGCCUGGAGGAGCAAAUAAAGAGACUCCAGACUGUUGAAGAGGAACAUCACAGGCUACAGGAAGCUCUGUCUAAGUUCUCGCUGGAGGGCGGUCACUAUGCCUAA